CCUACGGCCCACGGUACUGGAGGCGGCGGUGGUUCGAGAAUCGACCACGGCUCAGCCAGCCUCCUCCACCACAUCCGCCGCCUACCUCCCCCCUUCCCGCCGCCGUGGAAGGAGACCGGCGGCUGGCUCCCACCGCUUCCGCGAGGGUUCGGAGGCAGUAGGCUCCGCUGCUGCCAUGCUCUCCAGGAUCUCUCAACUCGGGGCGCGGCUCGUGCGCGAGACCAGAGCUGCAGGAAACUUGUCAAGCCAUAGCAGCAAUUACUACCGAGGUCUCAGCCGGCAUUCAGCCCCAGCGAAGAGCAUCCUCUUCUCCACCGCAACAACAAGUAGUCAUCAUGAUGAAGGCGGUGACGACAAGGAGAAAAUCUCUGUAACAUUUGUGAACAAGGAUGGCACUGAGAAAACGAUACGUGUUCCUGUCGGAAUGUCCAUGUUAGAAGCUGCUCAUGAAAAUGACAUAGAACUUGAAGGAGCAUGUGAAGGGUCGCUCGCAUGUUCCACUUGUCAUGUCAUAGUUAUGGAUGUAAAGGACUAUAACAAGCUAGAGGAUCCAACAGAUGAGGAAAAUGAUAUGCUUGACCUUGCAUUUGGGCUGACAGAAACGUAAGUGGAUAUCUAUCUGCUAAAGGAUUCUUUUUUGU